AUGUCUUUCCCAACCCUCCUCCGGGUCAAAGCCCCGAGGGCCCUGGCCUCUGGCCGCUUCUUGGCCACCAGGAGUCAUGCACGCCUCCUCUCUACGACGCCCGCACGCUAUGCCGACGAACAGCUGAACAAAAUCUCCGGCAAGAUCACGCAGCCCAAGUCCCAGGGUGCCUCGCAGGCCAUGCUCUACGCUACUGGUCUGUCCGAGGACGAUAUGAACAAGGCGCAGGUUGGCAUUUCGUCUGUCUGGUUUGAGGGCAACCCAUGCAACAUGCACUUGAUGGAUCUGUCUGCAGAGAUCAAAAAGUCCGUGGCAAAGGCCGGCCUGGUGCCAUACCGCUUCAACACCAUUGGUGUCUCGGAUGGUAUCAGCAUGGGUACGACGGGCAUGCGCUUCUCGCUCCAGAGCAGAGAGAUCAUUGCCGACAGUAUUGAGACUGUCAUGAACGGCCAAUGGUACGACGCCAAUGUCUCGAUCCCUGGUUGCGACAAGAACAUGCCUGGUGUGCUGAUCGCCAUGGGCCGUGUCAACCGCCCCAGCAUCAUGGUCUACGGUGGAACGAUCAAACCCGGCUGCAGCUCGAAGGGCGAGUCGAUUGACAUUGUCUCUGCCUUCCAGGCUUACGGACAAUACAUCUCCGGAGAGAUCACCGAGGAGGAGCGCUUCAACAUUAUCCGGAAUGCCUGCCCUGGCAAGGGCGCCUGUGGUGGAAUGUAUACUGCCAACACCAUGGCCAGCGCUAUUGAGACUCUCGGUAUGACCUUGCCUGGAAGCAGCAGCACGCCCGCCGACUCUGCCGCCAAGCUUGCGGAGUGCGCCACUGUCGGAGAUGCUAUCAAGAACCUCCUGAAGGAGGACAUCAAGCCCAGGGACGUCAUGACACGCCAGGCUUUCGAGGAGGCCAUGAUCGUCGUCAGCAUUCUAGGCGGAAGCACCAACGCCGUGCUGCAUCUGAUUGCUAUCGCGGACGCUGUCGGUAUCAAGUUGACUGUCGACGACUUCCAGGCUGUGUCGGACCGCACCCCUCUAUUAGCUGACCUGAAGCCAUCUGGCAAGUAUGUCUUUGAGGACUUGUACAAGAUUGGCGGAACCCCAGCGCUGCUCAAGUUCCUCAUCAAGGAGGGUCUGAUCAAGGGCGAGGGCAUCACCGCCACUGGCAAGACUAUGAAGGAGAAUCUCAAGAAGUUCGACGACUUCCCAGCUGACCAGCCCAUCUUCCGCCCCCUGAGCAAUCCUCUCAAGCCUACCGGCCACAUCCAAAUCCUCCGUGGCUCGUUGGCCCCAGGUGGAUCCGUCGGCAAGAUCACUGGUAAGGAGGGUCUGGUCUUCAAGGGCAAGGCGAGAGUCUAUGACCAGGAAGAUGACUUCAUCGCCUCGCUUGAGAAAGGUGAACUGAAGAAGGGUGAGAAGACCGUCGUCAUCAUCCGAUACGAGGGACCCAAGGGCGGUCCGGGCAUGCCUGAGAUGUUGAAGCCCAGCUCGGCCAUUAUGGGAGCCGGUCUAGGCAAGGACGUCGCUCUCCUGACCGAUGGGCGUUUCUCUGGAGGCAGCCACGGUUUCCUGAUCGGCCAUGUUGUUCCCGAGGCCAUGGAGGGUGGUCCGAUCGCAUUGGUCAAGGAUGGUGACCACAUCGUCAUUGACGCCGAGAGGCGUGUCGUUGAUCUGGAGGUAUCACAGGAGGAGCUGGACACCCGCAGGAAAGCAUGGAAGGCGCCCCCGCCGAAAGCAACGAAGGGCACUCUAAGGAAAUAUGCUGCGCUGGUCAGCAACGCUAGCAAGGGUUGCGUGACUGAUGGCCCGAUUGCUUAA